UAGGCGUAUUGUUGUCAUUUAUAAUGACGCAGCAGUGGCUUUCUCUUGACCCUCCCCUCGCGCCGUUUGUGGGAACUUCCUGGUUAUGGCCACAUUCAUCCCUCUCAUCCGCACAGCAGACCCACGAUUUAUCCGCAGGAAACAAAUAUUCUCCUUGUUCUGCAGGCUCCCGUUUAGCCGUCGCAGCAUGGCUACAGAUCCCACGGACACAACCCGCUUCGACUUUCUGGUGAUCGGCGGCGGCUCCGGAGGUCUGGCCGGUGCUCGGCGGGCGGCGGAGUUCGGAGCUUCCACCGCCGUGAUCGAGAGUCACAAACUCGGAGGUACCUGCGUUAAUGUUGGCUGUGUCCCUAAGAAGGUUAUGUGGAAUGCAGCCGUGCACGCGGAGUAUCUCCAUGAUCACAGCGAUUACGGUUUUGAUGUUGGAAAUGUGCAUUUCAAUUGGGAAAGUCUUAAGGCCAGAAGAGACGCUUAUGUUAGUCGCCUAAAUCACAUUUAUCGCAACAACCUUGACAAGGCAAAGAUCAAAACGAUUCAUGGUUAUGCUCGGUUUACAAAUGAUCCUGAGCCAACUGUGGAGGUCAAUGGAAGAAAGUAUACAGCUCCUCAUAUCCUCAUUGCCACCGGAGGGCACCCUUCUGUUCUGAGUGAUGAUGACGUUCCUGGAGCAAGUCUGGGCAUCACCAGCGAUGGCUUUUUUGAACUAGAAACUCUUCCAAAGCGUAGCGUCAUUGUGGGUGCUGGAUAUAUUGCCGUAGAGAUGGCAGGCAUCCUUAACACCUUAGGGUCCAAAACUGCUCUCAUAAUUCGACAUACAAGUGUUUUGAGAACUUUCGACAGCUUCAUUAGUGCGCACUGUACAAAAGAACUGCAAAACACGGGCAUUGACUUGUGGAGAAAUUCUGAAGUGGCAUCUGUGAGUAAAACAGAUAAGGGUCUGGUGGUGACAGUGGUUGUCAAAGAUCCAGAGAACAAGAAUGAUGAGCAAAAGAUCCGUACCAUUGAGGAAGUGGACUGCUUGCUGUGGGCCAUUGGCAGACAACCCAGUACAUCUGGACUGAACAUUGGCGCGAUGGGCGUGGAUACAGAUGAGAGAGGUCAUAUCUUGGUGGAUGAGUUCCAGAAUACAAGUCGCCCUGGGAUCUAUGCAUUGGGGGAUGUUUGUGGCAAAGCCCUCCUUACACCUGUUGCCAUUGCUGCAGGCAGAAAGUUGGCACACAGACUGUUUGAGGGGAAGAAGGAUUCCAAGUUGGACUACUCCAGCAUUCCCACAGUGGUGUUCAGCCAUCCACCUAUUGGCACUGUGGGUCUCACAGAAGAGGAGGCAGUUAAAAGUAUGGGAAAGGAGAAUGUGAAGAUCUACAAGACUGCUUUCACUCCAAUGUAUCAUGCGAUCACGAGCAGGAAGAGUCAGUGCAUAAUGAAGCUGGUCUGUGCCGGCAAAGAAGAAAAGGUGGUGGGGCUGCAUAUGCAGGGCCUGGGCUGUGAUGAGAUGCUGCAGGGCUUCUCUGUGGCUAUCAAGAUGGGCGCUACCAAAGCAGACUUUGACAACACUGUUGCCAUCCACCCCACAUCAUCUGAGGAGUUUGUUACAAUGCGUUAAUGUAACCAAAGUCUCUCUUACUUUCUUAUAUGAGCCAGCAAUCACCACCGAGCAUAUGAGAACAUAUACGUUGGCCACUUCAUUUGGUACACUUGUUUCAACAAACAACUUAUUUCAAGGUCUUGCGGGAACUGAGUUCUGGAAGGUUUGGCCAGGUGGGAGGGAGGUGAGGGUGGGAUCAAGAGGAUCUGCUGCAGUUCAGCCCAAGGAAAAGUGACUGAAGUGAGUUUGGGUCGUGGUUGUUGGUACUCAACAGGAUGGGUUGAGUAUUUCAGAACUUGAUGAUCUACUGGUAUUUCACACACGGUCUACAAAAAAAUGGCCCAAAAAAGAUGAGGGCUGUGGUUCUCUGAGCAAAAAUACCUUGUUGGUGGCAGAGGCCAGAGAAGAAUGUCCAAACUGUUUUGAGUUGAUAGGAAGGCUCCUUUAACUUAACUAACCACACUUUACCACCAAGAAAUGCAGAAGACCAUAGCUCAAUGCACAACACAUCAAACCUGGAAGCAGACGAGAUAUGGAGUCUACACUGGGCAUAAGCUCACCCGUAUUAGGCAGUAGAAUGUUGGAACUCUGUACCCGGUCUGAUGAGCCUCAGUUUCUGCUGUGACAAUCAGAUAUUGGUGUCAGAAUCUAGCAUAAACAGGAAAGUGUGAAUCCAUCCUGGCUUGCAUUGACAUUUCAGGCUAGUGGAGGUGUAAUGACGUGGCAGGUCUGUGCACCAUCAAGACAGUCUGGGCUGAAAUCUCAGGGCAAUGUUUUCAGCACCUUACUGAAUCUAUGCCGUGAAGAAUUAAGGCAGUUCUGAAGACAAAAUUUGACACCACCCUGCAAGGUGUACCUAAUGAAGUGGCCACUCUGCCUCUUCACUACUUAGUACUACAUUUACACUGCUU